AUGUUAGUGCUCGCGCUUCGGGCUCGCGGACGUACGAACGAACGUGAGAACUUAUCUCGUGCGUGGUACCGAACAACGCCAAGCGACAUGAGGCGACGGAACAACGGUUCCACUUGCUUCUGCCAGACAUCAUCGAUCAAGAAAGGUGGCCGUAGCGGAUGCAACGAGACUGAGGCGAACGAGCCACCGGGAUGGUGCAUCUACGCGGCGGUCGCGCUUGUCGCAGUCGGCUGUUAUCUCAAUGCGCUCGACUGCGACUUCGUGCACGACGAUAUCCCGGCGGUGGUGAGAAAUAGGGACGUGAUCGGCGAGGCAUCGUGGAGCAGUGUCCUCAACGAUGAUUUCUGGGGUACGCCGAUGGAGAGCAUCAAUAGUCACAAGAGCUAUCGACCUUUCACCACUUUGACGUUUCGGUUGAACUAUUUGAUGGCGGGAUUGAGUCCUAUGUGGUAUCACGCCACGAACGUCGCCUUACACGCCGCUGCAUGCAUCUUAGUCACCAGAGUGAGUCUCGUGGUAGCUGCACUUCGGCCGGGAUUCGCAGCGCUCACCGGGCUGUUAUUCGCCGCACAUCCUGUACACACGGAAGCGGUGACUGGCAUCGUAGGCAGAGCGGAUGUUCUAGCGUGUAUCUUCUUUUUGCUGUCCUUUCUUGCUUAUCAUGGCCAGCAGACGGCUUAUGUAUGGUCCAGCGUUUGCUUGGGUGCCCUAUCGAUGUUGGCGAAGGAAACUGGCGUUACUGUUCUGGCACUAAACCUUCUUUACGAUCUCUGUCGUUCCUGGCAUUCAAUCAAAAGGUCUAUUUUCGAAGCCAAGUGGAACGACGAUUCUAGAUAUUUUUCCAAACGUGCUGCAGCGUUACUCGUUUCGUUUAGCAUACUUCUUGUGGUACGGCUCGCUCUACUUCAUGGUACUUUGCCGAACUUCUCCGCGCAGGAUAAUCCAGCUGCUUUUCAUCCCUGUUUCCAUGUCAGAUUGUUGACUUUUUGCUACUUAGCAGCAUUGAAUUGUUGGUUGCUGCUGUGUCCAGCUAUACUCUCGCACGAUUGGCAAAUGGGAUCUGUUCCUUUGGUUACGUCUUUUACGGAUACCAGAAAUCUCGCCACCUGUAUAUUCUUCGGCGGUUGUCUGGUUCUCACGUACAAAGCCUUUACGGAUUUCGAACAACAAAGGCAUCCGCCUCUAGUUCUUGGUUGGAUGUUCCUGGUUCUGCCGUUCCUACCUGCAUCCAAUCUUUUUGUCACUGUGGGUUUUGUCGUGGCAGAACGGGUUUUAUAUACACCAAGUGUUGGGUGGAUUAUUUUGGUCGUCUACGGCAUGCAAGUGAGCUGGACCGCUGUACCACGACGGAAAAGCUGGAUCACUACAGGCGUAGUUCUUCUAUUCGUUUUAGGAUGUUUCAGAACGGUUCUUCGGAAUAACGAUUGGACAUCUAGAGAAACUUUAAUCAAAGCGGGACUGCGGUCUCUACCCUACAAUGCCAAGAUGCAUUACAACUUCGCAAACUUCCUUAAAGACACGUCGCAGCCGAACCUUGCGGUUCACCAUUAUCAGUUGGCUCUCUGGCUUUGGCCAGGAUAUGCCAGUGCACAUAAUAAUCUUGGAACUCUCACGAUAGACGAUCAAGCGGAAUAUCAUUUUCUAGCAGCUAUUAACGCUCAACCUGGCCAUGUAAAUGCUCAUUAUAAUCUCGGACGAUUGUACAGAAGAACGAAUCGAACUGAACAGUGCAUUGAGAUGCUGAGGAGAUGCGUAUCGCUGGAUCCAGCAUACGCACCGGCAUUUAGAGUUCUAGCGAGAAUCGCUACCGGUCCUGCAACAGGCGAGCUCCUGAGGCACGUAAUUCAUCUUCAACCACGAAACCCGGACGCUCUCGCUGAGUAUGCUUACUGGUUAUACAAGAACGGCAAAUGGUUGCCCUCACUCCGAUACUAUUUCAAAGCGAUGGAGAUCUUUCCGUCGCACAAACCAUCGCUUAUUGGUACGCUCAGGAUUUUGAGGUCGCGAGGUCAGUGGUCUAGAGUACACCAGCUCAUCAUCAGAUGGCAUUUAAUGUUACGAGCAAAACGAGGAGGCUUCAUCUAUCGCGGAGACUUGUAUAUUCGUGCGUGGGAGUUACAAAGCGAGUCUCGUCAAAGGACUCAUCAACAUCAACGGAAUCUCUGUAUAUCGGAGAAUGGAUGUUCGAGACCGCGCGUGGCCAGCGUGUCGGUGCAACUCGAACAAGACAGCAACAAGUCGGAACAGCUGCAACGGACGCCGCGUUGUAACGUGCGUACUUGCAGACAGCCAAGAAAAGGGAAGACGCGUGUAACCGCGCCCACCCUGCUCGUGCAGAAUUUUCUGGAGACGCUUUAGUCCGCCCCAAUUGGGGAACGGGUCUACCUCCUGCUCGUUCGCCAGCUGAAAACAGGCCGUGAAAGAUGAAGGAAGAAGCGCGAUACUUCGACCGCGUAGCAGCCUCGUCCGACGAUCGU